GAAGAGAAACCUAAACAAGAAGCUCCUAAAUUCAUUGUUUCCUUAGAAACAGUGGAGAUCAAGGAAGGAGAAAAGGCCAAAUUUUACUGUAAAGCUACUGGUGUACCUAAACCUGAACUAAUCUGGUAUAAAAAUGAUAAAAUAAUCUCUGAAGAUGAUAAACAUUUUACCAUAGAGUUUGGUGAAGAUACUGACUCUACAUUGAUUAUCGUUGACGUCCAUCCACAAGAUGAUGGAACUUAUUCCUGCGAGGCUAAAAAUCCUGUUGGUACCGAUAAAUGUAAAGCUGAACUUUUCGUUGAAGGUAAUUAUCAUUUGCUUUGUCCAAUCUCUUAG